AUGGCCGGUCUCUUUGCUCUAGGUUCCAACGGCUCCGGACAACUUGGCAUUGGUCACAAAGAGGAUGUCUCGGUCCCCAAGCCGGUAAUUUUCCAUUGCGAGCCUCCGUCAGACGCCAUUGUCAAGGUUGCUGCAGGUGGAAAUCAUACCAUAAUACUCACCGAGUCUGGUGAAGCAUACUGGAGCGGCGACUCAUCAAAAGGCGCAUGCGGAAUCACCACCAUCAGCACAGCAGAUAACGCACAGUUUGAGGAGCUCGUCCUUUCUGAGACAGAAGCAUUGGGCCCGAUUGCGCUCGUGGCUUGCACGUGGGAGAGCUCAACCUUUGUUGUUAAAGAUGACAACGGGAGAGCUACAAAGGUCUACAGCUGCGGUAUUGGAGAGCAUGGGCAGUUGGGAUUUGAAGCAAAGGGCAUCGUGGAACCAAAGCUUGUCCCCAACUUCCCACCUCCAGAAACAGAAGUUGUCCGGCUCGCUGCAGGACUAGCGCAUGUCGUCGCUGUACUCAGCAAUGGUGAGGUUUGCGGUUGGGGUAAUGGGAGAAAAGGACAACUGGGACAGCUAGUUGCACUCAAUGAUGGCACGUCACCAGUGCCUGUAGUUCACCUUGCUCCGCAUCAGAUUGGCCAUGUCAGUGGUGUCGAUUUUCAAGUAGUCGACGUGGUAUGUGGGCAGUAUUCCACUGCCCUCAUCGGAAACCCGGAGCAAGGCAAAAUGGUUGUUCUUGGUGCUGACAAGUGGGGGUUGAAGUCCAACGCGCUUUCAGCUCUCCCAGACUGGACAUUGAUCAGCGGCAGUUGGGGCAGUAUAUAUGUCUUGAAAAGCGACGGCACAUUGAGUGCUUGGGGACGAAACGACCAUGGUCAACUGCCGCCACCGGAGAUUCCCAAACUCAAGCACAUCCAGGCAGGAAGCGAACACGUGCUUGCAAUAACUGAAAAUGAGGAAGCCAUUACUUGGGGAUGGGGCGAGCAUGGCAACUGCGGGCCACAAACCGAAGGAAAGUCUGGUGACGUGAAAGGACGUUGGAAUGUUAUUGCUUCAUCAAGUAACCUUCCGGAGGGGUCUCGAAUCACAACCAUAGGAGCAGGUUGCGCUACAAGCUGGAUCUACGUGCAAGCGGAGGGUAUACAUUUAUAG